AUGAAGGGUCUCACAGGUCAGCCCAAGCAGAGUCCUUUCAAGGAUCUCUUACACUUCAUCAACAUGCUGCCCACAACCAUUCGCUCUCCUCCCUCUCUUGGAGACUUUACUCCAAUUGAGGAGUAUCAGUCGGCUACUCCUGCGACCUUCUUCGGAGGAAAGCCCGUCCUUCAUUUCCAUCUCGAGGAUGCGAAGGCAUGGAUCCCAGCGUCGCAAAAGGGCAGCUUGGCCAUCUUCCCGGCUGAUGUCUCGACUGCUGCCUCUGCUCCCAAUGGCACGACCUUGAAGGAGACCACUGAAGAGCUCGUGGAGCAGCAUGUCUCCGUGUUUGUUUCUUCAGAGACCUUCACCAUCUUCUCUUCGACCCAAGGAGCUGGCGUUCAGAUCCCCUACCCCUCCAUCUCUAUUCACGCCGUGAAGUCGGUCGGAUCCAUCUCCGAAGAUGCUCCUCUUCAGGCUAUCUGGAUGCAGCUGCAACUUGCCGACGGCGGUGACGGCGAUGACGACUUCGAUACGAUCGAUCUGACUCUCGUCCCUGCGGUCACUGAUGGCGCCCAGGCCGAUAUUCAGAAGUUCUACGACGCUAUCUCAGCCUGCUCAGAUCUUCACCCCGACCCUGUCGACGAGGAUGAUGAGGAAGAGGACGGCCGGAUCAUUUUCGAGGGCGAGCAUGAGCCAGUCGAGGGAUACGAAGGAGUCUUGUACGGCGCCGCCGAUGGAGGCCUGCCUCCUGCCUUCCCUGGGAGCGGAGGCUGGAUUACGGCCGAGAACGUCCACGAGCACUUCGACGCCGACGGCAACUGGAUCGGUCAGAAUGGCAAUGAGGAUCAGGAAAGCGGCCAGCUAGGAGAGGGAGCAGGUCGGGUUCGCGGUCACGAUGAGGCCAACAACGGCGUCAAUGGCCAUGACGACCCGGGCAAUAAGCGCCCGCGGGUCGACGAGUCAUAA